CAACACUAUUUUCGUCCAUUUAACUGUAGAAUACAGCUGUCUCCUUCUUUUCUUUUUAGACAUAUUGCCCGCGUGCACUUUUGACAAUUAAAAUAUCAACAAAUAAAGCAGUAAUAUAAUAUUUUAACAAGCAGAAAAAGUGUGAAUAACAAAUUGAAACAUGCCACAAAAUGAAUAUAUUGAGAGGCACCAGAAAUUAUAUGGUCGCCGUCUCGAUUAUGAAGAACGUAAAAGAAAACGCGAGGCAAGAGUGCCCCACAAACGAGCAGAAAUGGCACAAAAAUUAAGAGGUAUUAAAGCUAAAAUCUUUAAUAAAGAACGCAGGAAUGAAAAGAUUCAGAUGAAAAAGAAAAUCAAAGCACACGAAGAAAAGAAAAUCAAGAAGAAUACAGAAAAGGUUGAAGAUGGAGCAUUACCCGUUUAUCUUUUGGACAGAGGUGUACAGAAUCGAGCCAAAGUACUCUCUAAUAUGAUCAAACAGAAACGUAAAGAGAAGGCCGGAAAAUGGGAUGUGCCUAUUCCAAAAGUCAGAGCUCAGGCAGAUGCUGAAGUAUUCAAAGUUUUAUCAUCAGGAAAGUCCAGAAGGAAAGCGUGGAAGAGAAUGGUUACAAAAGUUACUUUUGUUGGUGAAGGCUUUACACGUAAACCUCCAAAAUUCGAAAGAUUUAUCAGACCUAUGGCUCUUAGGUUUAAAAAAGCACAUGUUACCCAUCCUGAAUUAAAAGCUACUUUUUGUUUGCCUAUCAUAGGUGUUAAGAAAAAUCCAAAUUCUCCAAUGUACACGAGUCUUGGAGUAAUAACAAAAGGUACUGUUAUAGAAGUAAAUAUUUCAGAAUUAGGUUUAGUAACGCAAACUGGUAAAGUUGUUUGGGGUAAAUUUGCUCAAGUAACGAACAAUCCUGAAAAUGAUGGAUGUAUAAAUGCUGUUCUGCUUGUUUAAACUAUAAGUGUAAAUAUUUUAAAUAAAAUAUAAAUAACAAAA